AUGGAAAUGGCGAUCCGUGGAAUUUUGUUUUAUACAUUUUUUGCGGUUUUCACAGAUGUCUGUCAGGGGACUUUAAUGGACUGCGAAGAAGUGCGUAAAGUUUUUCAGUUGAAACAAAUCGGACCUGCAAAAUCAAUACCUGACACGCCGAGAACAGGUUCAGACCUGCAGGUUUGCUUAUCCAGGAAUCUAACAUGCUGCACCAAAAAGAUGGAGGAGCGUUACCAGGUGGCGGCCCGGCGGGAUAUUCAGAACCUUCUCCAGAUCUCUAGCUCCAGCCUAAAGUUCCUCUUCUCACGAAAUGUGGCCGCUUUCCAAGAAAGCGUGGAGUCUCUGGUGCGUCAGGCGGAGAACCACACCCUCUCCAUCCUCCAUCAGUCCCAGCGUGAUCUCUCCAGCCCAGCAGCAUCAGCACCAGUCGGGGAGUUUUUCACAGAAGUGGCUCUGUUCAUCCUGGGCUCUGAGCUCAGUCUAGAAGAGUCCUCUCAGAGCUUCUUCAACGCUCUUUUCCCCUUAAUAUACGAGCGUCUGAUUGACUCCCGUCUGUCUCCUCCAUACGCCGAAUGCCUGCGCUCGUCUGCUCAAGAUCUAGCACCGUUCGGAGCAGCCCCAAUCCGCCUGGCGUCCCAAAUCGCCCAUGCUUCUCUACCUGCUCGCGUGUUUCUCCAAGCGCUCCAUUUGGGCAUCGAGAUCAUAAAUACGACCGAUCACAUCCAGCUGAGCCGCGAGUGCAGACGUGGCCUACUGAGGAUGAGCUACUGCCCGCACUGCAAGGCUCUGACCUCCAGCAAACCCUGCUUGGGAUACUGCCUGAACGUGGUGCGCGGGUGUCUGGCUAACCUGGCUGAAGUGGAUGCCCACUGGAGGGAGUUUGUACGCUCGCUGGAGACGCUGGCAGUACGGAUGCACGGAGAGCUGGAUCUGGAGCAGGUGCUGCUGGGGGCGCAUGAGCUGGUGAGGGACGCUGUGGCGCACGCUCAGAGGAGCACAGCGAGGAUACAUGCGCAGGUGCAACGUGUGUGUGGUCAGUCCAGCAGAUGGACGGAGCCGGUGAACAGCGUCCAGCACAGCACAGGACGAGCAUCAGACUCGAUACCACUGAGAGGAGCAAACAGAAACACAGAGGACUCGCUCAGCAGCCGCAGAACUGAGUUCCUCCACAGUCUGCGUUUAUAUCGCACUUUUUACGGCGCUCUGGCUGAUCAGCUGUGCAUCAGUGAACUGGCCUCUGCAGACGGACGGGCCUGCUGGAACGGAGACGACGUGGCCAGAAGCUAUACUCUGCGAGUGGUUGGCAAUGGGAUUAAAGCGCAGGCUGAAAACCCAGAAGUCAAAGUGAAGGAGGCCGAUCCGGUGAUCAAUCAAGUCAUUGAUAAACUCAAGCACAUCAAUCAGCUGCUGCAGGGCAGGUCGAUCCCAAAACUGGGCUCUCUGGACCAGAUCGAGACGGGCAGCGGAGACGGAAACAGCGGAGACUGUGAUGAUGAGGACGGAUGCUGGGGAUCAGGGAAUGGAGCAGUCCAGAGGAGAGGGACAGUCACUAAAUUGUUUGGCAGCGAAUCCAGACGCUCGCUAUGGAAAAACAAAAGGCGUCAGCGAGGCGUAUCGGCAGGGAGUCGCAUUGAUCUCCAGUAA